AUGACCUGUUAGAUUGGGGAUCAUUUCAACGAACUGUAAUUUUUUUUGAUAAAACUUUAGAUAUUUUAUUCUUCUUCUCCUCCUAUUGACCUUUUGCAUAUUCUCCUCUUUGUCAUGUUCAUAACCAACUCAACAUAUCGUACCUAUUUGGUGACUGACUCCACCAUGAUCCCUGAGUCUAGUACAUUCAUAGAUCAAGUCACAGAAUCAAUUAUGGGUGGUGCUUCUAUGGUUCAAUUACGUGAAAAAACCUUACUGACUCGAGACUUCAUCGAACGUGCCAAGGCUGUUCGCAAAGUCACUAAGGAGUUCUGUAUCCCACUUAUUAUCAAUGAUAGAAUUGAUGUUGCUCUUGCUGUGAAUGCUGAUGGAGUCCAUGUAGGUCAAGAUGAUAUGCCCGCAAUUACUGUAAGAAAAAUCCUUGGAGAAAAGAAACUUAUAGGAGUUACUUGUUCAAACCCUGAAGAAGUAAAACAAGUAUGUGAAGAAGGAGUUGCUGAUUAUAUUGGUGUUGGAACGGUUUUUAAGACUAACACUAAAAAAGAUGUCAAAGAUCCAAAAGGUUGUGGACCGAUUGGAAUUCGUAAAAUGCUCAAAGUUUUGGGAGAUCAUAAUCGUACCGCAAAAAAAGAGAUCAAGGUUGUUGCCAUUGGAGGAAUUAAUCAUGAUAAUGCCGGCAGCGUAUUGUAUCAAUGUUCCUUGCCAGGCUUGCAAUCCUUGACCGGAUUAGCCGUCGUUUCUUGUAUUAUGGCUAGUGAAGAGCCUAAGUAUGCUACUGCUGACUUUGAUAGGUAUUAUCAGGAGCAGGAAUUGCCUACCAUGGACAAUUUGGACGGCGAAACUGCUCAGGAUAUUGUUAAAAUGAUUAAGGGAGUUCGUUCAAAUAGCCCAUUGGUUCAUCAUAUUACCAAUAAUGUAGUGAAGAACUUUAGUGCCAAUGUGACAUUGGCCUUAGGAGCAUCACCAAUUAUGUCUGAACUUGCAAAUGAAUUUGAAGAAUUUACUUGUAAAUUUAAGAAUUUAUCAUUAGUUUUAAAUCUUGGUACUCCAAUUCCUGAACAAAUUGAAUUGUUUAAAAGCGCCAUGAAGGUAUAUAAUGCAGCUGGUCACCACAUUGUGUUUGAUCCAGUGGCAGCAGGUGCUUCUUUGGCUCGUUUACAAUGUUGUAAAGACAUUUUAAAUGCCGGUUAUGUAUCUGUCAUUAAGGGUAAUUUGGGAGAAAUCCUGGCAUUAUUGAAAUUGACCAGUGGUUAUUCAUCAACAGAGAGGAAUUCCAUUAAUAGAGUAGUUCUGCGUGGAGUGGAUUCUGUGGAUUCUGAGGUUGAAGAAAAGGAUAUUUUUGAAUUGGGUGAAGCUGUUGCAAGGGAUUUCAAAUGUGUCGUGGUCAUCACUGGUUCAACUAAUUAUAUAUUUGAUGGUAUUUGCUUAAGUGCUAAUGUCAGAAGUCCUGUACGGAUUGCCAAAGUACCAGGGGGUAGCAAACUUAUGGGUAGUAUUACAGGCACUGGAUGUUCAUUGGGUAGUACCAUUGGAGCAUUUCUUGCCGGUUGUGCCACAGAUGUUAAUGGCACUCCCAUUUUUAUAGAUCCAUUUUCAGCUGUUUGGGGAGCUGUUACCUAUUAUAAUGUAGCUGGUUCCGUUGCUGGUAAAAUUGGUACAGGGCCAGGAUCAUUCAUGAUCAAUUUCCUCGAUUGUUUGAAUGAUGUUGAAAAAUUGGAACCAAUUUUAAAGGAAAAGAAGCUCUUCGGUAACUUUACUGAAGCUCCAUAAGUUAUCAGGACUGAUAUAGUUUACAAUUUGAUAAAUAAGAAUAUUUUGACAUUUAAUUUGCAGCCAAGAUAUUAAAUAAUUGCAAC